AGCAAUCAGGGCUGCUGAGCCGGAGACCGAGCCGAAACCAGUCCACAGUAAGCGGAGACCCGAACACAAGGAGCGGCCCGUACACGUAAGAAAAGAGACUUCAUGUCUCUGAAACUUCGGGAAACAAAAACGAGAGMCCUCUGAGAGCGKACGAAGCGGAGCGGGGCACAUGGAAACACUAUGCGGCCGGACAGACGGCGGUGGACUUUCCCAUAGUUUCAGUCGAGAAAAGAGGCAAAGUGAGGCGAGAUAAACAUGCUCUCCCUGAUGCUGGCCUCAUUUCUGCCUCUCCUCCUUCUCUGCCGGAUUUCUCUCUGCCAGUACUCAAGCGACCAGUGCAGCUGGAAGGGCAGCGGGCUGACCCAUGAAGGCCACACCAGGGACGUGGAGCAGGUGUACUUGCGCUGCUCACAGGGCUCUCUGGAGUGGCUCUACCCGACCGGAGCCAUCAUCGUCAACCUGCGGCCCAACACCUUGUCGCCCGCUGCCGCCCGCCUCUCCGUCUGCAUCAAACCCUCCAAGGACUCCACGGGGACAAACAUCUACCUGGACCGCAACGGCAAGCUGCGGCUGCUGCUGCGCGAACAGGACCAGGCGGAGGGCAAGGUGCACUGCUUCAGCAUCCGAGAGGGGGCGCUCUUCAUUGAGGCCGUCCCGCAUACGGACAUCAGCCGGAGGAUUACGGCCUUCCAGUACGAGCUGGUCAGCGACAGGCUGAGGGCGGAGGCGCAGUCACCUGGUGCGCCCUGUCAGCCCUGCUCUGAUGCCGAGAUGCUCCUAGCAGUCUGCACUAAUGACUUUGUGGCACGAGGCACCAUUAAGACGGUGGGUCCGGAGGAGGACCACGCAUCGGUCUCCGUGGAGAUCAGCCGCCUUUACAGACAGAAGACCCACGUCUUUGUGUCCGGGGGCGUGAGGGUACGGAGCUGGACAGGCAACAUAAAGAUGCCCCUGCAGUGUGGGGUGAAGUCUGGAGAGGGCGAGUUCCUUUUCACUGGGACAGUGAGGUUUGGGGAGGCCUGGAUGGGUUGCGCUCCUCGCUACAAAGACUUCCUGCGGUUGUAUCACGAGGCGCAGCUGCAGGGGACCAACCCGUGCCAUGUGGAAACUGACUGAUUUAGCUGCCCACAUUUGGAAGCAUUGCAAGUUUUUUUUUUUUUUUUGAUUUUGGAGAAGAGCUAUAAUGAAAGUUCAAGCCAAGGAAAGAGAAGAGAGACUGAUGGGACUGUCCCAGACUUCUCUUGGUUGGUUCUGUGACUCUUGGAGUACGGAGAUGGAAAGUGUUGCAACGCGGCACGUCGCCGAAGCCGGACACGACGGAGAAGUGUUCAGAGCGUCUUCUCGAGUACGAGGAGCCGCAGAGUUUUAAAUGUAGCAAAGUCCUAUUUGUUUUUAUGUAUAAAAUGUGAAAUAAGAUUGUACAUUUUGAAACGGUGUGCUUUGUGUAAAAAAAACAAAACAAAAAAGUUUGAUGUACAGAUCUGUAUUUGUUUUCUUAAGAAGAACGUGUAAAUUCAAAGACUCUUAUUUUGUUUAAAAAAUAUUUGCAAUUUAAUGCCUGAACUCAUUUUUUCAGGCUCUGCAGUUGUAAAAAAAGAUGAACCAAAAAAAAAAAAAAAGGAAAACAUGUUUUGUUGACAAGAAUAAAUUGUUUUUUAUUGCCCAA